AUGGCCGAAUCAACAAAGUCAGAACUAGUUCUUCAACAUUCGAUUGUUAAUGCGGGGAGUCCAACCUCCCCUUCAACACCAAAUUGUAUCUCUUCGCUUUAUGUUGGGGAUUUGGAGGAGAACGUUGAUGAAGGUCAAUUGUUUGAUCUCUUCAAUGAGGUGACGCGAGUUCAUUCCGUAAGGAUUUGUCGAAAUGAAGAGAACGGGGUUUCAUUUGGUUAUGGCUAUGUGAAUUUCACUAGCUCAGAAGAUGACUCUAAAAGAUUGAAUGGCAAACAAAUUAGGAUCAUGUUCUCUGAUCCUGAUCCUACCAUGAGAAGAAGUGGCAUAGGUAAUGUAUACAUCAAAAACUUGGAUUCAUCCAUCGACAACAAGGAGUUAUAUGAAGUAUUUUGUGUGUGUGGUGAUGUGAGUACAUGUAAGGUCGUUGUGGAUAGCCAUGGUCGAUCAAAAGGUUUUGGUUAUGUACAAUUUCAAAAAGAAGAAGAUGCCAAAGCUGCGAUAAGAAAACUAAAUGGAAUGUCGAUAAAAGGCAAACAAGUCUAUGUUGCCAAAUUUAUUCACCAAGAAAAAUGA